AACACUAUCCUGCAGUUUGCAAAAAUACUGAGAACUUCGUAAAGAAGAGGUCGUUAAAUUAGGUGAUUUUCUGCCUAUGUCAUUACGAGUUGUUUGUAUAUAGGAAGUUCUGGAGAAUGUGACAAUCAGAGGUAAUCUGGAUGCUCCUGAGGCCACUCUGGAGGCUCUCCUGCAAACAGUUGUCUGUCUGGACGAGGUUGGAUGGAGGAAUGGCAGUCUGAGGAUAGUCAUGAUCCUGACUGAUGCUGGAUUCAAGACUGCUCUGGAUGGAAGGGUGGCUGGACUGGUGACCAGAAAUGAUGGAGAGUGCCAUCUGCAGAUGAAUAAGGAAGGAUUCUAUGAGUACUUUAUAAGUCCUGAACAGGAUUUUCCCUCCAUUUAUCAAGUACGGGAGAAGUUGAUAGAAAACGACAUCAUCACUAUAUUUGCAGUACAAGAAGAUGUUGUCAGAGACCGGACAUCGACAAAGAAUGAUGUAUAUAGGGAGCUGGCUGGGGAGAUUGGUAGCUCCAGGGCUUUUGUUCAGACCAUAGCUGAGGACUCGGCUGACAUUGUUAGUGUCAUCAGAAUGGCCUACGAGAGUGUAACAAGAGACAUAGUUGUGGACAGCGUAUCUGGACUCACAAUUGGGAUUGCCCCUGUCCUCAACUGCAAUCUGACCUCGGAUGGGAGAGGUUGUGCCAAUGUGGCCAUAGAAGAUCUCGUGAUUUUCAAUGUCACAGUCACCAUGGACCAGUGUCUGAAAGACAUGCAAACUCGACUUCUACCUCUGCCUGGAUUUGGUAAUGUGGAGCUGACCCUGGUACCUAUCUGUGAAUGCAACUGCUCAUCACAAAUAACUGCAAACCACACGUCUUGCAAUGGCACAGGCUCUCUUGUGUGUGGGAUCUGUGAUUGUUCAGGAGAAUCAGUUUUUGGAGAGCAGUGUGAUUGUGAUCACCAGCUGCAGCGUUGUCCAGACGACUGUUUCAAUAGAGGAACUUGCAACAACUGCUCAGGAGAGUGUACCUCAUGUUUUACACAACCGGACACUAUAGGUGGUGUGUUUCAGAUAGUUGGCAGCUUUGGAGAGAGAUGUCAGUGUGACAACUCAUCUGGUACUGGAGCCUGUCCUGUUGGGAGAGAUAUAGACCAAGUCUGCAGUGGUAGGGGAGAGUGUGUGUGUCAUAGAGAGAAGUGUGACUGUGACUGUGAGUGUGGGACAGCUCCUCUCUCUGGUCAGCAGUACUCUGGAGAUGACUGUAGCUGUGACCCUGACAACUGCAACAAUGAGCAGUUCCCUGGUAGAGUAUGUGCACACAGUCAUGACAGAGAGAAGGACGGAAAGUGCGACUGCAAUGAUUGUCUGUGUGACACAGACUCUGUCUCAUUCAACAGGACUUGUAUCUACAAAGACCACCUAUGUAGUUUCUUUGUGUCAUGUGCUCUGUGCUGGCCUAUGAACUGCUCCAUAGGAGACUGUCACCCCAGCACUCUGGAUUACCUCAAUGGUGAUGGGGUAUCAGUGUCUUGUACAUUUGAACGGGACGGAUGUACUGUGGACUAUCAGGUGGUACUGUCUGGGGCCUUCAACACUAUGGGCAGUGUAUUUGUUGGAGGAGAGAGAGAUUGUCAGGAGUCAGACAUUCUGGGUCAGCUGGCCUGGAUCAUUCCUGUGUCAAUCAGUGGAGGUAUUCUAUUGCCAGGACUGCUGCUACUAGUUGCCGCCACAUGCAUUCGGAUUUGCAAGUGCAACAAUCCCAUCUGUGCAAGAAACAGUUCUUAUACAGAUCCAAGUGGCAGAGCAGUAAUCUAUGAGACAGUUGGCGAUGAUGACAGUCACCCAGACAUUGGAGUCUAUGAAACAGUGGAUGAUGUACGACAGCAGCAUUGGGUGGCUGAAACUGGUCCAGCCACUAGAGAGAAUUUGGCAUAUGGAGUCUCUUACCGUGUCUCCACAGCACCCAACCCUGCAUAUGUAGUGGUGAACAAUAACAUUCGGCCUUGUCUCUAGGACAGGGAAAGAUCGUGGAGAAGUGUUUUUUAGCUACACACUCCUUACUGUUCUUUAGUGACAUAUUAUAUUCAUGCAGUCUAAGCUGUGUUUACAACAGGAUGAGCUAAGUGAAAAUGAGUGUAAAGUGUAAGUAAAUUUGUGAUAGUGAAC